UGUGUGUGUGCUCUGCUGUUGCUGCCCUUUGAUCCCUGCAUUAGUGUUAGUUAGGGGCUCGGAGACACACACUUACAGAGAGCAGCCAUAGUCAAGACACGGCAACAACAACAGCACCUCCUCCUCUACUCUUCCCCGUUCCCAACAAUACACUUAACCGAGGACAGCCAGGUGCACGACAAGUCCCUGCCAUCAGGCUCCCUCGCAAAAUUUCAAUGGGAAAAGACCUUUUUUCUUCUUAUCCCUAAACAAGAAGGAGAAUGUGAUAAAAGGGGGAAAAUGCCAAGGAGGAAACAGGAGCAACCCAAGCGCCUGCCUUCACAUGUGGACACGGUAGAAGAUGGAGGGCCAGAGGGUGGCUCAGUAGAGGAGGACAGCUGGUUUGGGAAUACCUCAGACAGCCCCUCUGAAUCAUCCUACGGUGAUGUGCAAGAUGAGCUGCGGGUUUCCCCGGACGAUGUUCCCCGACCGGACCACGACACCUCAGCCGAGAGCUCCCUGGGCUGCCCGACGCCAGUUCAGCGGGCUUCCCUGGAGCUGCUGGGGCUGGACAGUGUGAUCCUCUCGACCCGGGACAUGCUUUCCUCUGAGGUGUCCUCUCUUUAUGGAGACACCAGCCAGGCCCUGGGCAAGCCCCUCAGCAGCAACCUGCGGCGUCUCCUGGAGGCUGGCUCACUGAAGCUGGAGGGAGGCGACCUGAGUGGGCGUGGAACGGGAAGAGGACCAGAGUCGCCCCCGGUCAGCUUGCUACUAUCUCCAUCUUCACAUCAUGCACAGCAGCUGAGUGCCCUGGCGAGGAGGUUGGCUAACAGCAGCAGCAACAACAGUGGCAACUCGAACUCUGCAUCACCUGCGUCUGUAGCAACUGUCAAGCAGGAGCCCUGUGACCCAUAUGGCCCCAGCAAUGGCCCUAACUCAGGCAGCAGUGGCUUCGUAUGGGUAGGUGUUGCAGAUAAAUGGCCGUCGACUAGUUGCUCAGCACCCAGUGGCAGCAGCUUAUCACCAGACUCAGCUAUCCAGAAGUUAAAGGCAGCCGCCAACGCCGUGCUCCAAGACAAGAGCGCGGUGGCCUCCUCCACCUCGGCGUCUUCAUCCUCCUCUUCCUCCUCAUCAUCCUCGUCAGUCACCUCCUCCUCAAUGGCAGCCCUGGGCACUCGCUCUGAUGACGCGGUGCGCUUUGAACCGUUCGCUUCACCCUUCAGUCCGCAGUCAGCCAGCUCCACGCUUGCUGCCCUCUCAAAGAAAGUGUCUGAAAGAAGUCAGCAGCAGGUGGGCUCAUCUGAGCAUCAACCCUCAGCUGGCUCCUUUCUCUCUCUGGUUUCCAUGACCUCCUCAGCAGCUCUGCUAAAGGAGGUGGCCGCACGAGCAGCAGGGAACCUUCUAGCUGAUAAGAAAGAGCCGGCAUUAGUACUGGGAGCCUCUGAAGAUGUCAAGCCCCUGUUAGACAGGAACCAGAAGGUGCCCACCCCAACCCAGGCCAUGGAUCUUCUGCUGCCAACAAUCCCCAAGGGAAGGGCCAAGCCCAGCAGUCAAGCAGGUUCUCCUGAGGAUGGAGGGAAGCCCUUUCAGUGCCCGGUGUGCGGUCUCGUCAUCAAGAGAAAGAGCUACUGGAAGAGACAUAUGGUGAUCCACACAGGCUUAAAAAGUCACCAGUGUCACCUCUGUCCCUUUCGCUGUGCUCGUAAAGACAAUCUCAAAUCCCACAUGAAGGUCCAUCAGCACCAAGACCGAGGGGAGACUUUCCAAUGUGAGCUCUGCCCCUUCACAUCCUCCCGCCACUUUAGCCUCAAGCUGCACAUGCGUUGCCAUCAGCACUUCCCCCGUCCCGACCUCAAAGUCAAAGAAGAACCCGGCACAGACACAGAGGAGGGCGAGGGCUUGCUCAUGGGGGACGGUGGAGACGCUGGUGAUCAGGUCAUGAACACAGAUGCUUCCACAUCUCCCACUGCGAGCCAACCUGAUGGUCGUUUGCUGGCCUCCCCUGCAGAACCCUCGAAUCACGUCCAGAUCAAGGAGGAACCCCAGGAGAGGGAUGUGUCUGUGAUGUCUCCCUUUGCCCUGUGUAGGGAGCGACCCAGCAGCAGCAGCAGCUCUCUGGAUCUGCCUGGGCUCAAAUCCAGUCCACCGGGGCCUGGACCUACAGCUGCCUCGCUCUUCAGCUCAGAUAUCACCACCAAGACAGCUACGGACCUCCUCAUAAAGCUUUCAGCAGCGAACCAGAAGGAGGCCCUAAAGGGUCCAUUCUGUGUCAAAGAGGAGCCCCAGGCGGAAGAGCCCCUCAGCUCUCAGAGGGGACCAAGCUAUAGCUUCUGCCAAGAAGGACCUCCAGGGUCCACCAAGCCACGAGAGGAGGGGAGCCCAAUGUUGGGCAAGAGCAGCCUACUUAGCCAGGACAUCAACGUCAAAGUGGCCUCUGAACUGCUUAUGAAGCUCUCAGAGAAUAACAAAGAAGCUUGCCACCAGAACGUCAUAGUGAAGGCGGAGCCUAUGGAAGUGGACCCACCCCUAGAAUUGGCCCCACCCUCCUCUCAUCGACUGGGCUUCAGCACUUCAGGGGCAUGUGAGAAGAAGGAACCAAUGGUCAACCUCCCAGAUCCUUUGCCCCGCCCCCAAAAUGACCUCUUCUCCCAGGACAUAUCAGUCAAAAUGGCCUCUGAGCUGCUUUACAAACUGUCUGAAAAAGUAAGUAAAGCUAACGAAAACAAAGACAAUGCAUCCUUCGGUAUACACAGCCCUUUCCUAGACGACCGCUUUAGACAAUCACCUUUCAACACGCGCUCCAAGAGCUCUUCCCCAGCUGAAGCUGGAUCUUCAAGCAGGGUUACCCAGCAAGAUCCAGAGAAGGUGAGUAGUGAGCCAGGAAAUGGACUCGCCCAAUGGAGACUCAACGAACAGCUCUUUCCCUGCCCUAUAUGUGGCAAAGUAUUUGGUCGCCAACAGACUCUUUCCAGGCAUCUCUCCCUACACACAGAAGAGAGGAAGUAUAAGUGUCAUUUGUGUCCGUACGCGGCUAAGUGCCGAGCCAACCUCAACCAGCACCUCACCAUCCACUCAGUCAAACUGGUGAACACAGAUGCUGAGCAGAUUGUUACCGCUGUUACCAAUGAAGGCCAAGAACUCAAAAACUGCCCCUACUACUACAGCUGCCACGUCUGCGGCUUCCAGACAGAGUUUAAUGCUCAGUUUGUCAGACAUAUGUCUCUUCAUGUAGACAAAGAGCAGUGGAUGUUCUCUCUCUGCUGUAGCACCUGUGAGUAUGUGGGUGUGGACGAGGCUGAGAUGAAAGCUCACAUCAGUGCAGGGCACGCAGAGAACAGAGUGUUUUCUCGCUCAGGAGGUGCAUCAUUAAAUGUCUUCCACUUCUAUGUCCUACACCCUACUCCUCAUGUCUCUUUGACCAGGUGCCCUCUAUGCAUCUACUCCACCAACAGGCCAGCUGCCAUGGAGGGCCACCUGAAGAUGCACUACAAGAUGGAGUAUCGCUGCCGCAUCUGCCAAGCCGUGUGGGCCAAUCAGGCAGAGCUGGAAAGGCACACGCGCGCUCACCGCCUGGGCAACCACUACAAGUGCGAGCAAUGCGGCUACCUCUCCAAAACAGCCAACAAGCUCAUCGAGCACAUGCGCGUGCACACCGGCGAGCGGCCUUUCCACUGCGACCGCUGCAGCUACAGCUGCAAACGCAAGGACAAUCUCAAUCUCCACAAGCGGCUCAAGCACGCACCGAGACAGACCUUCGUUUGCGCCCAGUGCCCAUUCACCACCACUCACCCGUUCGUCUACAGCCGCCACAUUAAAAAGCACCAAGGCGGGGAGGGGAGCGCCGAGGAAGGUGAGGCUCGGCCAGGUACGCCACGUCCGGGCCUUUUGGAUCGAGGAGGGAGCAGCAGUGACAGCGGGAGCACCAGUCCGCUCAUGAACCUGUCCGCCUCUCAAGCUUUGCAGUCCGUCGCCCUGUCAAUCACCAGCAAGCGGCAAGACGGCACCCCUACCACGCGCUACCUCUCGGCCAACGGCACAUUCUCCACACUGGCGACCCGCUACUUGGAACAGUACAGGAACUGUGACCUGGCUCACCUCAUCCCCCUCACCACGCUCUUUACGGCCCGCCGCUUCACAUUCCACAGCCCCUCGCCCUCAAACUCCUUUCUGCCCUUUUCGGCAUUCUGGUCCAACUCGUCCUCGCAGUCGCCGCCCUCUCCCACGUCAUUCAAACACUCCUUCCUGGCAUACCUGGGAUUGACAGAGAGAGCUAAGACAAUUUGACCUUUCUUCUUCUCCUUCACCCUGUAUCAUCAGCCACUGAAGCCACUAACUGUUCCACAGGCAGACUAAAAUACUGCCCUAAAGAGUAGUAAUGAUAGUAAAACAUCCAUUUAUCAGAGGAAAAGCUAUUCACGCUCAAAGAAGUUCGAUUUCUGUUCUAUCGCAAUCCAAUCAUAGCUCUUUUUUUAAGAGGUCUUACAACAGUUGUUUACCUCUAUGAAUUGUGAAUGACCCGGAAUCCGAUAACAGUGCUUUAUCUAUUACAAGUUUUGUAUUCAUUUUGAUGGGCGAAAGGAAACAGAACAUAUAAGCUUGCAAGCGCUAAGCUUUUUUUGUGCAUUUUGUCAGGAAUCCGAAAGCAUGUUCGCUAUGUGUUGCAGUCAUUUAGGGGCUCAGUAUGAAAUAUCUUGGGGCAUACAGUAUAUGGCACGACAAAAAACAAUUAAACGAAUUGUUAUCUUUUGAGUCUUGUUUCCAAAGCAAAGCCUCAGACCACACACUUGUUAAUUUAUCAAGCUGUACAUAGUUUUGUAGUCUUUCUUUUCUCUUCUCCCCCAUGCCUGUUGGCAUUGACUGGUUUUGCUGAAUGGCGAGUCUAUUUGCAAAUUUUAAUCUUGCCUCAGCAACAAGCAUAAGGCCCUUUACGACACCUGCGAGGUGCAGCUGAUGGCAUUUCUUAAUACAAGCCAUUCAGGGCACGCUAAUGGCAAAAGCAAUCAUUACCACUACUGCAGUGAUCGUCAACCCAUGAUGCCGCCCUUCAAUAUCUUCACCAUACUUUUGGUCGCUACAGAUUGUGCCAUAGCUGACCGAGGUGGGCUGGCCGUAUCCGGUAGGCAUGAGAUAUAAGUGACCAGUCAAGCGCCCUGUGCAUAGCUAACGUAUAUAAUGCGCAUCUGUACAUUUAACGAGAUGUAUGAGGUGACAGGUUUUUGGGAAAGACCCAAUUAUUCUGUCACGAAGGCCGAUUCAAUGGUGCUUUUUGGAGCUUUUUUGUAAUUUUGUGUGUAAAAAAAAACCUGUUCCAAAAUGACUUGAAUGAAUGUACUUUCUGUUGGUUAAUGUUAAAAUGAUACAGAGGUAGCUGGAUUGUGGUAAGUGAGAUCAUGGAAAAACAAUGGUAUCUCGGUGGCCUUCUGUGUCUUAAAUUUUUGUUCUUCUAGUUGUUUUUUAUUAUUAUUAUUACUUUUAAUUUGAAAGAGCCUUUGAAAUGUAAAAUACAAAUAUAUAUAUAUAUAUAUAUAUAUAAAUAUAUCCUGUACUAACAAGCUAUUAUGAGAACCCCAUUGGAAAAUGGCUCUCAAGUGCAAUGUGGAGGCAGCCAUUAUUUUGACUAGGAUCUUUGGAAGCAUGGCUUUCCAUAUGUGGGCAAACAUGGUACCAUAAUUCUAUGUUCCCCUCUCGGUGUUUUGAGUUUUAAUUGCACUUAAAAUUUUGAAAUAUUU